UUCAGGAGAAAUUACGACAGGCUGAACUUAAUAAUGGACUUAUAUUCAGUCAAAAUUAUUUCCCUGUUGAAUAGAUUGACCUGGAAAUAAUUUUUUUAAUUCUAGUUAUUCUAUUACCAGUAAUCUCUGAUAAAAACUGAAACCGUAGAAUAUUAUCCACCUGAAGACUUCCCGGGGCAUGACCCGAGCUUCUGUUAAGAGGAAACGCGACGAGGUCACGUCACUGUUAACCGGCUCAGCAACUGUGACACAGACAAGAACACACAACAGUGCCAGCGGGAGGAGGAAGAUGGCAGCGGCAUCGGUAGCUGCAUUGAUAUCUUUCCUGUUAGUGGCAGCGCUGAACCUGAGCGCUCUUGGCGAGUUGCCGGAUGAUGGAGAUUCAUCAAAUCUUGACAUAGAUGACGCCACACGCAGGAUUCAACCUCAAGUCGACGAGUAUGCCAACAAUAUCGUCGGAGAUCCGACUAACCCGAACCAAAAAUUUGAUGAAAAUCAAGAAAGGCUCAAAUUCUCAGCCCCUAGCCCUAAGAAACGUGUCCCAAACAACCAGGAAGCAAAAACCAAGAAGAAACGUGAAACUGAACUGCUAAAAAAUCGCGAAAGAAAACCAGAAAUAUCAGAAGAAAAAGAGACCUGGAGCGACGACGGACGAGUUCAUUGCUACGAAGAAAGCCCCGACUCCAUCAGAUGUCAUUCCCACGACGACAUGUUGGAAGACGCGCCCAGACACGCGAGACCUGAGAACUACAACAAACUAGAUGAUGGAGUUGCUGAUGCCGUCAAGAAAUCUAAAGGAAACACAAAAACAAACAAAAAAUCCCAUAAGAAAAACGAAGUUAAAAGCCGUAACGUGCCCCCAAUGCCUGAAGCUAAACAUGGGUUCGGAUCUACCGACCGAACUGUGGUGGAAGUGGAUUACUUUAAUGGGAGUUUGGGAAUAAAAGACCCGAGAACUGGUCAAAGAAGAAAAAUUGAACAACUGCGAGGCAAUGAAGAUAUAGACACGGACUCAUUGAUGACGACAAACAAAAAGAAGAAUGAGAAGCCCUUUAAAAUUCCUCAACACAAAACUCUGCAGGAGCUGCUAGACAAUUUAAAAGACCAAGGAUAUCCUGAACCUGAACUUGACUUGGACAGAACAGAAACUUACGAUAUUUGGGAUAAGGAUGAACUAUGUGCUGGGCAGGUAACGCGGUUCGGGCGGGCGCUGCCGCCGGCGCUGCUGUUGUCGUACCCGCGGUCAGGGUCGUCGUGGCUGCGCUACCUCCUGGAGGCCGCGACGGGGGUCUUCACGGGGGCCACGUCCAACAGCUCCUUGCUGAGCAGUCUUGGUUUUCUCGGCGAGCAGGAGCCCCCUCACUCCCACUCAACGCUGCUCACUUCAUCCCACUCAGUCUCCCCGCUGGCUGGGGAGCGCUCCAGCAGCUGGGAGCCGGACCUCCGCAUUCCCACGGUGCUUCUGGUCCGCAAUCCCGCCGACGCGCUGAUAUCACACUGGCAGUUCAAGAACUCGUCGGGCAUCAACCGCUUCGCUCACAGCCUCCCGCACGCUUCUUUUGAUACUCAAGAAUUUCACGACUUUGUUGCGUCUGAACUGCCACGAUGGGAGCAAACGUACUGGAGUCGCCUGCAGUGGAGCACCCGCCUGUACGCACUGCACUACGAGGACCUCCAGCAGCGCCCCUUGCAGCAAUAUCAUACAUAG